AUGAGACGAACUCCGAUCGCGGCGACGAUAACGAGCCGCCCGUCGGUUAGAAGUCCUGACGCAUUCAUCACUGCGCGACCCUCAGAGCCCAUGUCCCGAAAAACCGACGUCGCAACAGGUUUCUUUUUAUUUUUCUCUCUGCAUCAAUGAAAUUUCAGCUGAAAAAAGCAGAAAGUUUCUUCGAGAAGUGCAUAGUUUGGAUUUUUUCUUUUUUUUUCAGACAUAAAAUUCGAAAAACGAAAAACUCCUAGGUCAUGCUCUUUCGCCUUACCUGAACUCCUCGCGCAGAAAAUCAAAAAAAAAAAGAGUUAUACUCACCCCACGGACAAAACACGCAAAGUUAGAAUGUAAAUCAUAAGUAAAGUAGAAAAAAAAAAAAUACUAUCAAAUCUCACUUUUCAUGCCGGCCUUACAGGCCAUGCUCCUUCGCCUUACCUGAGACGUUUCCGUCUUCCCAAUCUGAACACGGUGCGAGUCAUCGACGAUGCGGCGACUCCAGAAGACGAAGUCGCCAAAGUCGACCUCAUCAACUCCCUCAAAGUUUGGAUCUCUCAUUUUGUGUAAUCUAUUUUCUUAUUAGAACGAUGCUGUCAGUCAGAAGCCUGUCCAGCAAACAGAAAACUCCCAGAUUAGGUUGGUGAUUCGAUUGAAAAAAUAUUGAGGACUGCAGUCAUACAAUUACAAUUUAAAAUUUAUUCAGCAUUCCGAGUGAGAUGUAGAAAAAAUCUCUCCUGAAUCAUGGUAUAAUCGAAGAGUUAGCCGUAGGUGCGGGUUACGGUCCAUAAUAGUUGUCCAAUAAGUCCCGGCGUGACAGCUAGAGUUGGGAAAUAAUGUGGGCCCGUCGGGAGUACCAGCGAAUAAACGGCUUCACCAUGUUGGAACAGUACAGCGCCCAGCUUGUCCAGGGCCGACGGGCGUCGGAAUAUUAUCCCAUGAGAGAGCGGCAAUGAGACCGACUAGUCGACGUUAUGAAAUAAGUAAUCAUACGCGUCAUACGCGACUUCUAUAUUUUUUUUCUAGACAGCAACAAUUCUUCAAUUAUAAACGAUAAUGUCAACAAAUAUCAAUUUUGUAGAACCAGAAAAAAACAUUAGAAUGCUUGAAAAUUUUCUGCGAUGGAUUUUUUAUGAAUCUCUAGCCUGAGCUCUGUUUUCUUAAAUUGUUUUUUUUUCUUGAAAAUAGCUUCAUUCUUGUAAGUCAGGUUUUCAAAUCAAAAAUGUGAGCAAUGUUUCAGGAAAAAAUCAUUAGAGCCGGCGGAGAAGCGUCCAUUUUACCACCCCCAACGCCUUUUUGGAUGA